GGAAGAACUACAGACUGUACGGUCUAUGGGCAGUUAGCUAGCUACAGUUAGCAUAAAGCAUGAGAUAGAGCUUCAUGCUUUCAACGACAACAACAACAACAACUGCAACGGAGACUGAUAAUGGAUAGGAAGUCGCUUCAAAUAAGAAAUAACAGUUGUCUUACCUAACAAUGUUUAACAAGUCGUAUCAGCUGCUCCCUCAGAGGGAGCCCACUUGUCCGACGACUCCUGGCUUGUUCGUAGACACCGACAGAUUCACACAGCACGGCUACCACAAAGGGUUUUCAUUUAACAACAUCCCCAAUGUCUCUGAAAACAACUUCACUGAUACCACCCAAGGAUGGCUGUCCUGGAUGUGCAACCUGAUUGUCAUCUUCCUCGUGUACAUCUGCACCUUUAUAACAUUUCCUAUAACAGGAUGGUUUGUACUGAAAGCGGUGCCUAACUACCAGAGGAUAGUGGUGUUUCGUCUGGGUCGAGUUGGUCCUCCAAAGGGUCCGGGUAUCGUCCUCGUGCUGCCCCUCAUUGACCAGUGGCAGAGAGUAGACCUGCGCACCCGGGCUUUUAACAUCCCUCCUUGCCAGGUGACUACUCUGGAUGGUUGGGUGAUGUCAGUGGGAGCAGACAUUCAGUUCAGGAUCUGGAGCCCCGUCAUGUCAGUAAUUUCAAUCCAGGACUUGAACGCCUCAACCAGGAUGACUGCACAGAAGACUUUGACCUAUAGCCUUGCAAAGAAAACUUUCAAGGAGAUCCAAACUGAGAGAGUUAAACUUGGAGAAUAUCUUGGGAUGGACAUAAAUGAGAUGACUCGUCCUUGGGGGCUGGAAGUGGACAGGGUAGAGCUUACCCUGGGAUCUCUACUAAAAGCACCAGAGGGAGGCCCAUCUGGACCCCUCAUCAUGCCUCCAUCUGUACCUGGACUGGAAGGGCUCACAGGCCUCACUGGCCCCAUUCAGCAGUUGGCCAUGCACUUUCUGAGCCAAAGUGGCAUUUUACAGCCUCAACAAGGUGACAGCAUUACCUUUACAGAUGAGCUCAGCAGUGCCCCUCAGGCAGCUGUGGCCACAUCUGGUUCUGUUGAAGAACUGCUUGGUGGGGUCAAGCUCCUGCUCUCUGAAACUUUGGUCCAUCAGAUUGGGGCCUGCUUCCAGUUUGACAUAAGCUUGGAAGACGGACAGCAUCGCAGUUACUACGUGGAUUUGAGCCAAGGCAGCGGUGCAGCUGGAGCAGGGUCCUUGUGCAGAAAGCCAGAUGUAACACUGAGCUUGAGUGACAGCGACCUUCUGGCCAUGUUCCAGGGAAGGCUUCAACCAUUUGCUGCUUACACCAGUGGCAGACUCACAAUCCAGGGAGACAUUAAGACUGCCAUGAAGCUGGAAGAACUCAUAAAGUUACUUAAGAAAUAGCGUUUGUGUACCUAUUUAUUGAAUCAAUAACUUUAAAUGUACAGUACAUUCUUUAAUGUAUACAUUUAUUAAAUUUGUCAUGAACUGAG